CAGUAGAAGGGCCAGCCAGGAAUUUUGGCCGUCGCUGGCAAUGGAAGCGGACUCCCAAGGAGACUCGCGCCUGCACUUGCAGGUCAAGAAUACGUUUUUGGAUUUCCAGACCGACGAGGAAUUUCAGAGAAGGACCUCUCACACGCGCAGCAAGAGUUGGGAUGGAUCCACCUCUUCUUCCAGUGUGUGCUCUGGAACUGGCGACUCCGAAAAUGAACACUACUACGGAGCCAAUGUUCAGAGCCGCCAAGAAUUACACCACUGGGUUGUACAAACGAACUCUUCCAACUCGGCUUCAGUGUCCGAUUCAGUUGAUGAAACUGCCGGGCAGUCGUUUCGGGACUUUGUCUGGGAGCUCGAAACAGGACAAACAAGCCCUCCUCACCCAGCCGAGGCGGCUGUGGAGUUUGAAAGCGACGAUUUCCAACCUGAAUACGGUCAAUCCAUUGGAUCCAAGGGCCAUGGCCGUGGCAAGUGCACUCCAUGUACACGCAUUCUGGUGCGACCUGGCUGUGAGUAUGGCUCGCGGUGUAUGUUCUGCCACUUAGAGCACUCGAGUCAGAUGGACAACAAGAAGAACCGGCAUCGGCCAUGUAAAGCCGCGAGACAACAAUACAAGCAGACUAUCCAGAAGAUCUACGAAGAAUACAAGGACAAGCCAGAGCAAAAGCAGAAAGCCUUGGGCAAGAUUGCGGAUGCAAGCCCAUACAUGCGCAGUUUGCUCAAAGGAUUGGAUGGAAAGGAAGAGGAUGAGAUUGAAGAACCGAAAAAGAUCAAGGCGGCUUCUGCGCCAGAGAUGCCACGAGUUCCGGGCUUGCAGCCAGCAGGCUCAGCAAGUUCAUCUUCGGUGGUCAAGGAUCGAAAGACGCUGAUCUCUUUGUGAAGCCUCCACUGGCCCGGGAAGGUUGGCAUUGACACAAGAGGUCCGUCAUGCUACCAAUUGGCACCCUACAAUACCCUACGUUUGGCAAUCCGUGCCGCGCGUUUUUCACCGAGGGUUGCUGCGAAGCUUUCUUGCCUUUCUUGACCAUAAAGACAGCUGUUCU